GUCACUACAUAGUGCACAGAAAUACAGUAUGAAAUGACGUUUUUACACACUAUGAAGUGCACUAUAUGUCAAUUAGGGCGGUACUUUUGGGGUUCGGUUUCUUCAUCGGUCCAGCAGCUGCAAGUUUCGGUCUAGAAAGGAAAAAAUGGCUGGAUUUCCAGGAGUGUCUGCAUUAUGUGAGAAUCCAAACGAGGUGUUUCUGGAUGUGUCAAAACUGCUGUUGACUUACGCGGACAAUAUUCUCAGGAACCCGAAUGAAGAGAAGUACAGAUCCAUUCGUAUAGGAAACCCAACUUUCUCCACUAAACUUCUUCCUAUAAAAGGAGCAGUGGAGUGCCUGUUCGAAAUGGGCUUUGAGGAGGCUGAGACACACUUGGUGUUCCCAAGGACAGCGUCUGUAGAUCAGCUGAGACGAGUGCGAGAGAAGAUAGCUGCUGAGAGAGACCAGAGACUAGGAGCGGAACAGCGGGCAUCAUGUUCAAGCACUUCUACCUCCACUUCCUCACCUGCUCCGACUCCUACAGUGGCAUCAGAACCUCAGCGCCCCAUAGAACUGCCCCCGUCCGUGUUAGGUAGCAAGUCCUUCCUUGGGACGCUGCAAUCUAAUUUUCAGCAUGUGAUGGUGUACGAGAAUCCUGAACUUCAGCGGAAAGCAUUGAACUGUUUACCACAUGAGCGGCUCAGCUCCAGCGCUAAAGAACGACUGCACAAGGCCAGAGAAGCAGACCCGGAGUGUAGUCUUGCUGAGGAGGACAUGCUGGUGCUGGAGCUGUUACAGUGGUUUAAGCAGGAUUUCUUCACCUGGGUGGACAAGCUGCCGUGCAGCCGGUGCGGGGGUAGCACACACUCCUCCGGUUCCCUCCCACCCUCUACAGAUGACCUGCGCUGGGAUGCUGGCCGUGUAGAGAACCACUUCUGUGACGCCUGCAACCACACCACCAGGUUCCCAAGGUAUAAUAACCCAGAGAAACUGCUGGAGACCAGGAGGGGGCGCUGUGGGGAAUGGGCCAACUGCUUCACUCUGUGCUGCAGAGCGUUGGGGCUGGAGGCCAGGUACAUCUGGGACUCAACAGAUCACGUGUGGACGGAGGUGUACUCUCAGUCUCAGCGUCGCUGGCUGCACUGUGAUCCCUGUGAAAAUGCAUGCGAUAAACCUCUGCUCUACGAGAUGGGCUGGGGCAAGAAGCUUUCCUACAUCUUUGCUUUCUCGAAAGAUCAGGUGGUUGAUGUAACAUGGCGCUACUCCUGUAAGCAUCAGGAUGUUCUUUCCAGACGUACGAAGGUUCAGGAAACAUGGCUGCUACACACUAUCAAUGGACUUAAUGCUGUGAGGCAGCAGUCACUGAGCGCUGAGAGGAAGCGGGAGCUGCUGGAGAGGUUGUUAGUGGAGCUGGUGGAGUUUAUUUCUCCUAAGAGCCCAAAGCCAGGAGAGAUGGGAGGACGGAUAUCGGGUUCUCUUGCCUGGAGGGCUGCUCGUGGAGAGACUGGUGCUGCUGCUGCUUCCGAAGGGAAAGCCACAGAGUUUGUGUUUAUCCCCACUGAGUCAGAGAAGAAUGCAAAGAUGUUCCACCUACAAUAUAAUGUGGGGAAAGACUGUUACUGUAGAGUGCACAACAACCAAGAGAAGAUCCUGGGCUGGGAAAAGGGAGUGUGGAAGAACGAGUCUGUGUUCAGGAAAGAAGAACAAGACUGGCAGAUGGUGUACCUCGCUCGAACAGAGGGCUCUUCCUCAGGUAGGCUGUGUUGGAGGAUUGUGUGUGCUCCUGUGGGGAUGAAGAUUAAAUCAGUCUCAGUCAGAGCUGUCACUCAAACCUACCACUCUGGUGCUGUCCACUGGAGAUUACGCUCCUCGCAAUCCACCAUCGAGUUUCCUGGAGAUGGUAAAAUGCACUCACCGACAGGCCUCACAGGGUCUGCAGAAGUGGUGAUAGAAGCGGAGCUGAGUGGAGGGGACGGAGAGGCGGCGUGGCAACACGCCCAGCUGUUCAGACAGAGUUUGAAGGACACAGAGACGUCUUCGUUUGAGAUACUUGUGGAAAUGGAGGAUGCUUGAUAAGAGUGUAGUGGCCUUCUACCAAUUCUGUGGUUUGACAAGGGGAAAAAAAAAAAAAAAAAAGGUUCUGGGAAAGUCAGAGUUAAUGUGAGUAAAGACUUGAAGCACAGUCUCACUUUUCAAAUCAUGUUCUGUUCAUUAGAAAAGUCUGAAGGUAAUAUAAUGUCUAUAAGGGAUAGAAAGGUGCUCUAAGGGACUACAAGUGAUAUCUAUAUAUGAAUCUCAUGUAUAAUUCUAGUCAUUUUUUUUAUUGUUUCUCCAACGUUGUGUUUUAAUCAGGGAUGCAUCAGUACAACUUUUUGUAUUAUUGAUACAGAUUUGAGAGGUCCUGAUGGCAGUACUCUAUAUCACAUCAGUCCAUCCCUAAUUUUAAUCUUCUUUGGAGCAACUGGAUUUGUAACGAUUAUAGUUAUACCAAUUGAAACAUUGUUUAAAACUUUUACUUAUGUGUAUGAUGUAAAAUGUUUUAUAAUGAUCGUUUGGCAGCAAGGUGUAUAAUGAAUACCUCCAGUGUGUCAAACUUUUAUCGAUUAUUUUUGUAUCCGUUUUUAUUUGAGCCAGUGUGAAACUCGGACACUCAUAAGGCCAUGUAAGAAAAAAAAAAACAGACCUCAGCGUUUUUGUCUUUAUUUUUCUUUGUGGAAUGAUGUUUGUUUCAAUUUCUUUAUUAUUCAAUUGUUUUCAAUUACUUCAUUAAAUGAAUUGUUUGCAGUGUCAGAAA